UGCUCUGUUAAUCUACGUCUCUCUGUUGUUGUCUUGCAGGUACUAGCAGUGUGUUUACUGUCUGAGGGACAGAGGCUGUACCUUCACUGGAGUCACAAGAUGGGGAUCGUGGUGACCAUGGCGUUCUCUGUCAGUGCCACGGCCGUUCUCUCUGAGGUGUGGAGUAAAGAGUGGAAGACCCUUCUCCUCUCCCUGCAGGUCACAGCCCCCUUUCUUCAGGUAGGCGGGGUUUUAUUGAUGACUCUCCUGUCCUGGCCAAUUGCGCUGCACUUUUUUCGUAUGAACAAGAGAGUGCAUCAAGUGUGUCUGUUGGGUGUGUACAUGAGUGUAUUGUUCAGUCUGUACCUGGUUCCUCUGGCCAUGAAUUCUCCCUGCAUCAGAGAAGCUGGAACCCUGGGGCCAAAACCAACACUCCUCGGACACAGAGGAGCUCCCAUGCUUGCCCCAGAGAAUACUCUAAUGUCUUUUGAGAGCGCAGUGGAGGCUGGAGUGGACGGGUUUGAGACUGACGUCACUAUAAGUGCUGAUGGCGUUCCGUUUGUGAUGCAUGACCUCACCCUUCAGAGGACCACUAACGUAGAGGAGGUGUUUCCUAACAGAACACACACACCUGCUGCCCUGUUCACCUGGUCUGAUGUACAGCAGCUCAACGCCGGGGCCUGGUUCCUCUCUUGGGAUCCGUUUGGCACGGUGUCCUCUCUGUCACCAAAGCAGCGAGCGCUAGCUGCCAAUCAGACGGUUCCAUCCCUGGAUGAAGUUCUGGACGUAGCGAAUCGGACGGGCAGGAUAGUGCUGUUUGACCUGAGACAACCUCCUCCUGGACACCCUUACAGAGACAACUACCUCAACAUCACCCUGGACCUCAUACACACACACAUCAACUCCAGCCAGGUGCUGUGGCUGCCAUCAGAUCAGAGAGAGGAGAUACAGCAGGUGGAUCCAGAGCUGCAACAGACAGCAGGACAGACUGCCUCUAUUCAGGAACUACAGGACAACCACAUCACUACCCUCAACCUGCACUACAGCACCAUGUUUCUACAACACGUCAGUAAGUACAGGUCGGUGAACAUCAGUGUGAACCUGUAUGUAGUGAACCAGCCGUGGCUCUACUCUCUGGCCUGGUGCAGUGGAGCAUCCUCUGUUACCACCAACAACAUGCUGCUGAGAGAUAUACACACACCGCUGCUCCUUGUGGUGAGACACACACACAACACAACAGGAAGUGGAGGACAGGCUCGUAGUAUGGCUGGAACGGAAUAAAUAGAAUGGUAUAGAACUCAUUAAGCACAU